AUGUGUAUUAAAGACAGGAUCAGUAAUUUUCCGGAUCAUAUUCGUUGUCAUAUUUUGUCAUUCCUCCCCAUUAAAGCAGCAGUUCGAACCUCUAUUAUUUCAACCAAGUGGAGAUACCUCUUUGCUUCAAUUUCUACCAUUGAAUUUGAUCGUUAUUUACUGCGUGGUUUGACCCACAGAAACGUUGACAGCUUCAAGAACUUUGUUGAUACGUUGUUGAAAUUUCCCGAUCAAGUAAGUUUAGAUUGCUUUAGGCUACGUGAUGGGAUUUCAUGCAAUGUUGGAGAUCAUGAUUUUGAUGUUUCUGCUUGGAUAUGUGCUGCACUGUGCCGUGGUGUUAAGGAAAUCGAUUUGGAACUACAUAAUCUUGGGGAUGUUCUCACUUUACCAGCUGUUUUAUUCACUUGCCACUCACUGGUGACACUGAAAUUGAAUGCAGAAGGUUCUAAGAUUGAGGUCCCAUCUGAGGCUUGUUUAGGGAAUCUGAAGACUUUGCAGCUUACACACUGGGUAGUUUUCGAUGAUGAUUCCAUUCAUAGGUUAAUUUCCAAUUGCCCUGUCUUAUGA